AUGCCAUCUCGCACAACCCUAACAGCACCCGUUCACUCCCUCCUCUCUAGCCUGAGCAACAACGCCGGCUCCUCCCAAAUACAAUCCCACUUCACCACCGACCCUCCCCCCCAAAUCCACGAACACGGCCUCCCUCUCUUCGCGCCAUUCCUCGGGCGAACUUUCAGCGGCAUUGAUGGCGUAGCGCGGUACUUCGACCUACUAUCCCGCUACCUCGAAUUUCAGAACGUAUCCUUCGAGAACGAGGACGGCUGGAUCGUCGACGAGAUCUCAAUGGCAGUGUUCCUACGCGGCACGUCUCGGUUCCUAUGGAAGGAGACGGGCGAGACGUGGGAUGAGACGUUCUGCUAUCGAAUUUCCCUUGCGGAAGAUAUGGAGGAGAAGGAGAAGAGGUUGUUGAAGGUGCAGGAGUAUCGGGUUUGGGGGGAUACGGGGGCUUUAUAUCUUGCGUCCCGUGGGAAGUUGGGGGAGGUUUCGAGGGAGGCUGGGGCUACAGCUGGUGCUGCUACAACUACUGCUAUGACGGGGGAGACAAGGAGGGGCAUUGAUAGGAAGAAGAGUGGGUGUGGAGAGGUGGUGGGGAGUGGGAUGAAUGUUUAUGGGAGUUGUGGAGGGUAA